CUUCUUUAUUAUUCUAGAGGUCAGUGGGUACUCACUCUUAGCGGUGCUGACUGUCACAUGCAAAAUGUUCCUAACCACAUUAGCAACAGUCACUGUGAUUUCUGUGCUUUUUCUAUUAAUAAGGUACCGAAAUCGAAUGGCCGCAUUAAUCGCAUGGAUCGUCGGCACGAUUUUCCAUCGGCAGAAAACCGAAAAAGGGAAGAGCCCUUCCAGUUCAUCGAAUAGAUCGCCAAAACCUCGGCCAAAACAUAAAAAACCUAAAGACGAUAAAAAGAACAAAUCUGGAACGUCUCAGGGAACGCGAAAGGGGAACUUAGAUGUAGAUCUCCUGGUCGAUAAGUUAGAACAAAUAAAGAGGCAACCAGAAGGAGAACCAGAAAGUGAAAUCCCAAAAACGAGCAAAGCGAAAAACAAAAAAGUUCGAUCACCUGCUGAGGCAGUAGGCAGUAAAAAAGUAAAGGCCGAGGUAAAAGUCAAAGAUUCACAGCAGAAAGAGACAGAGAUCAAAGAAGAUAAAGUAAAAGGAAAGAAGACAACUGAAAAAUCUUCGAUUGCCGACCGCACUGAAGCACAGGGUAAAGCAAAUAAUAAACCUACUAGUCCAGAAAAGGCGCAGAAAAUAGAAAAGGUAAGCAUUUCACCAAGCACAACACAACAGCAUAACCGCCCAAGUAAGCACGAUAACAAAUUAGAAAAUAAAAAAGAUACCCCUAAAACUAAUCCUGAACAAAAGGUUAACGUAAGUAAAACAAACAGUGACAUAGCUAAUGAUAAUAUAAAAACACAGCAUGAAGAUAAAGUUGUUACUUCACAGAAAACUCUAAGAGAAAAUAAACCUAAAACUGUUGAACCUAAAAUACAAAAGGAAGAGAAGAGUAUUGUUGGAUCUCGAAAGACUCAAAAAGAAGACAAACUCAUACAAGAACAGAAGGAAGGCAAAAGUGAAGUUGUAACCACUGAAGCUGUUAAGGAACGCGAAAGUCCAUUAAAGGCACAGGUAGCUAAAGCUGUAGAAAUCAAGCCAGUUGCAUCGAAAGUUAAUGUGGAUGCAAUAAAGGCUGUAUCUGAAGACGCUGACAAGAAACCGGUGGAAAGUAAAAACAAAGGUUCUAAGAAUCACCAGACCAAACCGAAUAUUAGCGAAGAGCCCCGAAGGAAAGCUGAUACAAGUCCACAAAAGGUGCAGGAUGUGCAGACUAAUGCCGGAAAUGCCAAUGUAAUUUCUCACAAGAAUCAAAGUACAGACAACGUAAAAAAAUCUAAAGAUCUAAGUUUCCACGCUGUAAAUACAGCAGGUUCUCAAAGAAAACAAAAAGCUGAAAGUCCCCUUGCUGAAAAGAAAGAGGGUAAUGCCAACUUAAUAAAGGAUAGUAAUAGUUAUAAUAAUAAACAAGCUAAAGAAUUAAUUGGUCAGGCUGAGAAGAAAGACAGUCGCAAACACCAAGUCAUUGUCAAUGAAAUAAAGGUUGAAAGGAAACCUCCCGUUGAAAAGAAAGAAAGCCAAAAGGUUAUUGUUGAUGAAGUAGAAGUGCAAGGUAAAGUUGACGCUAAGAAAUCUGAAAACAAAGAAGAUACGAGUAAAGUUAUUGUCAAUGAAAUAAAGGUUCAAGAGAAAAUUGAAGCAGAAACUAACAUCAAAAUCGCUGAAGAAAUAAAUUGUCAAACUGUUGAAGAAAACAAAACAUCAGAAAGUAUUCGAACAGCAAAUGAAGAUACAAUUGUAAAGGGGACUAUAAACGAAAGUGUUCAGAGUGAUACGUCAAUUAAAAGCGCUAAGGACGAUCAAAGUACAGCUUCAGUAAAACAUUCAGAAGAUUAUAGAAGUGAAACAAUCUUGCCUACCCAAAUUGUAGGUACUACAGUCCUCGACAAUAAAGUGAACGGGCAAGUAGAAAACAUAGGGUCUACUCAUUCCGAUCCGUUUUGCAAUAAAUCGGAGGAUCCAGUGGGUGAACUAAUCGAACUUGAUAGUGAAGAAUCCUGCUCGAACAUGGGGGAGGUUACACAGGUGCGCGUUCUCACACUGAACGAUGGCGAACAUACAAAUUCGACACUGUAUCGUAUGGAGAAGGGAUGGAUUCUGCAAUUUCGGCUGGGUCCGUCGCUUUUCGGGCGCAAAGUUUCGCUCUACUGCAAUUAUCCUAUCGCCAAAGACGGGAAGAGCUCGGAGUUUAAUCGAAACCGCUACUUCAUACUCCCGUUUAGACAGGACGAGGGCUGUAAUUCCGCCGACGACACGGCCCUGUUCGCGGAGAUUAGCGUGCAGUUAGCGGGAAGUUUCCAUUAUUAUUUCGUUUACGAAAAUGCAUCGGAGUCGUGUCCCCAAGGAUCGGGAUACUUUCUUGUAGAUCCCGUUUUGAGUUUCCCAGAUGAAAAAUUGCCGCUAAAUUGUGUUCAAUGUCAAACUGUGUUGGCCAAGUGUUUAGGUCCAUUUUCAACUUGGGAAAAUAAAUUAAGGGUCGCUAAAGAAUCUGGAUAUAAUAUGAUCCAUUUUACUCCAGUUCAGGAGCUAGGAAAAUCUCACUCCGCGUACAGCCUUAGUGCGCAGCUAAAAUUAAAUCCCACUUUUAAUGACAACGAUAAGAAGCUCACUUUCGCCGACAUCGAAAAUUUCACGCAAAAGAUGCGCACCGAGUGGAAGGUAUUAUCCCUCUGCGAUAUUGUAUUAAAUCACACAGCGAACGAAACCGAAUGGUUACAAGAACAUCCCGAAAGUACUUACAAUUGCCUAAAUUGUCCAUACAUGAGGCCUGCCUACCUUUUAGACGCAACUCUACACCAAUUUUCAAUGGAUGUCAAAAAAGGCGUUUACGAGAGCGAAGGUAUACCUCCAGAAGUUUGCACUGAAGACCACAUAAAUUCAAUCCGUUACGCUUUAUUUACGAAAGUGUUACCCGAAAUCAAACUGCAGGAAAUGUUCAUUUGUAAUGUGGGCAAAUUGGUUAGCGAAUUUUUGGAUCUGGCACGUAAACAUCCUUCAACAGCACAAAUGAGAAAUCAAGAGAGAGAAAUAAAACUAAUUCGAGACCCUUUAUAUCGACGCCUUUCGGCGACCGUCGAUUUGGAGCUGGCAGUAGAAUUAUACAAUGUGUAUAGAUCAGACGCCUUCGAUGAAGACACAAGGUUAAAACGUUGCGGGGAAGAAUUUAAGCUUAAACUGGACGAGCUUAACCGAAAUGUUGUAGAUCAACUUAAUGGUCACUUGCAUGCGGCUGUCGAAAACUGUAUUGCCGGUAUUCGCUACUUUAGAGUACAAGCGGACGGCCCGAGGUUUGUUGAGAUUAGCAUCGACAAACCGUUAACAUUCCGCUAUUUUACCGAUUACGGCAAACCCAAGUCCAUUAAAGAGUUUGAAGAGGUAAUGUACGGGCCAAAUUCGAAGUAUUUAAUGGCUCAUAAUGGAUGGGUUAUGGACGCCGAUCCUAUGAAAAAUUUCGCGGAUUCAGACUCUGACGUCUACAUUAGAAGAGAGUUGAUUGCGUGGGGCGAUAGUGUAAAGUUAAGAUUUGGUGAUAAACCAGAGGAUUCGCCUUUCCUGUGGAACCAUAUGAAGGAAUAUGUGGAACUGACAGCAAAAGUGUUUGAUGGUGUACGAUUAGACAACUGCCAUUCCACUCCUAUACCUGUAGCAGAAUACUUAUUGGAUUGUGCUCGACGGGUGAGACCCGACCUGUACGUUGUAGCCGAACUGUUUACCAACUCGGACCACACUGAUAACAUUUUCGUCAAUCGACUAGGGAUUACGUCAUUAAUUCGAGAGGCUAUGUCGGCUUGGGAUUCGCACGAAGAGGGCCGUUUAGUUUAUCGCUACGGUGGUGAACCUGUGGGCGCCUUUUUCCAACCGUACUUCAGACCAUUAGUUCCGUCUGUCGCGCAUGCUUUAUUUUUGGAUUUAACUCACGACAAUCCGUCUCCUGUCGAUAAACGGUCUGUGUUUGAUUUAUUACCAAGUUCGGCUCUGGUUAAUAUGGCCUGUUGCGCUAGUGGUUCAAGUCGAGGUUAUGACGAACUUGUAAACCAUCACAUCCAUGUCGUUGACGAACGACGCCAAUAUACUGAAUGGACAAACGAUAUGAGUUUGGCAAAACAAAACUCAAAGUAUGUGUCAUUUAAUUCUGGCAUUAUAUCUGCGAAACGGGCCCUUAACGACCUCCAUUACAAGUUGGGCAAAGAAAAUUUCAGUCAGGUUUAUGUCGAUCAAGUUGAUGAAGAUAUUGUAACAGUAACUCGUCAUUGUCCAGACACGCAUGAAAGCGUAAUUCUUGUAGCGUUCACUGCGUUUCGUCAUCCUAACGCGAAUGCCGCAGUUACACAGCGAUCAAUUAAAUCGCUAGUCGUAGAAGGAAAUUUAGAUGAAAUCAUUCUUGAAGCUACCUUGAAUCAUGACGGCGUCAACCAAGGAGGAUCGAAGUACUCUUCACCAGAAUGUUUUAUCAAGGAUGGCGAAUGGAUUAAUGGGCUGCUCGAGUAUGAAGUCGAUAUUAAGCAACAUAUUCAACUGGUUAAUUCUGAUGUAUUUGAACUGGGACAAACAGAUAAUCCGAACAUUACCAAGCUAAACUUUAAGAAUUUCAAACCAGGAAGUGUGGUAGCUAUUAAGGUAUCUCUCCAAAAAAAUGUUGAAGAAUCCAUUGGAAAACUACGAGAGUUGCUAAUUUCAUUCUCGAAGAAGAAGACCACCGAGUUACAAAAAAUAAUCAAACAGUUGGACUUGAACAGUUUAAAUCGAACUUUGUACAGGUGCGACCAGGAGGAGAAAGAUGAAGGGCACGGUUUUGGCGCUUACAAUAUUCCGAAUUUCGGAUCAUUGGUGUACUGCGGUCUUCAAGGUUUUAUGUCACUUUUGAGCACCAUAAGACCAUCGAACGAUCUAGGGCAUCCGAUGUGUGGAAACUUGCGUGACGGCAACUGGAUGAUAGAUUACGUUGUGCAAAGGUUGCAAGUCGACGAUGCGACAAAAGAGUUAGGAGUUUGGAUGGAGAAUAGUUUUGUACACCUCAAAAAUAUUCCACGUUAUUUGGUUCCUUCCUACUUUGACGUUUUAGUCACUGGAAUUUAUAUGCUCUUAUUAGAUCAGUGUUACGCAUCCAUGUCAGGCUUUGUAAAGCAUGGUUCGACGUUUGUGCGCGCAUUAUCGUUAGGUUCUGUACAGCUUGCUGCCGUCAUCAAUUCUGCACCUUUGCCUACACUUUCGCCCAACUUGUCACCACCACAACCUCCCGCAAAAAGUGUAAACGGGAAAAUGACGCAGUCUUGCGUUACCUUAUCGGCAGGUUUGCCACACUUUUCCACAGGUUAUAUGAGAAGUUGGGGUAGAGACACUUUUAUUGCUUUACGUGGAUUGUUUAUCUUAACGGGUAGAUAUGAAGAUGCAAGGUAUCACAUUCUGGGAUAUGCGGCUUGCUUACGCCAUGGGCUUAUUCCGAAUUUGUUGGAUGGUGGUAGAAAUUCAAGAUUUAAUUGUCGGGACGCAAUAUGGUGGUGGUUAUACUGUAUUAAGUGUUACGUCGACGAGGCCCCUAACGGCGUAAACAUUCUUUCCGACAAAGUAUCUAGAAUAUUUCCUUCAGAUGAUUCGCCCGCCUUAGAAGCGGGAGUUGAGGAUCAGCCUCUGUACGAAGUGAUGCAAGAAUCGUUAAGGACUCACUUUCAGGGUUUGCGUUUUCGCGAACGCAACGCCGGCAGACAAAUCGACGCGCAUAUGUCCGAAAACGGUUUUAACAAUCAAAUUGGUAUUCAUCCGGAUACAGGUUUUGUAUUUGGUGGUAACGAGUCUAAUUGUGGUACAUGGAUGGAUAAAAUGGGCUCGUCGGAUAAGGCCGGCAAUCGUGGUAAACCUGCGACGCCUAGGGACGGUUCUGCCAUUGAAUUGAUAGGACUUUCGAAGGCUGUGAUCAGUUGGUUGGAUAAGUUGUACGAUGAGAAGGCCUACCCCUAUCAAGGCGUGCAACGUACAAGUAAAAGUGGCACAAUUAUCUCAUGGACGUUUAAAGCUUGGGCUGAAAAAAUUCAAAACAGUUUCGAAAGACAUUUUUGGGUUGAUCUUAGCAAAACGAAUGAUGAACCGAGAUCAGAUCUGGUAAAUAAACGCGGUAUUUAUAAAGAUUGUCACGGCGCUAGUCAGGAAUGGACUGAUUUUCAAUUACGAUGUAAUUUUCCCAUUGCUAUGGUUGCUGCACCCGAAUUAUUUAAUCCCAAACAUGCCUGGGUCGCUUUGCAAAAAGCGGAAAAGUAUCUGUUAGGUCCGCUAGGGAUGAAAACGUUGGAUCCAGAAGAUUGGACGUAUAGUGGUGACUAUAACAACGCGGACGAUUCGAAUAAUUUUAAAACGGCACAAGGAUUUAAUUAUCAUCAAGGGCCCGAAUGGGUCUGGCCCAUUGGAUUUUUCCUGCGAGCGAAACUGCAUUUUGCCGAGGAGAAUGGGGAAUUAGUUCGAACAGUGGCAACCACUAAGGUGAUACUCGCGAAACAUUUCACCGAGUUACAAACAUCAGUAUGGCGCGGCCUACCUGAGCUGACAAACAGUAAUGGCACAUACUGCGGUGACAGUUGUCGUACACAAGCCUGGAGCAUGUCGUGCGUAUUAGAGGUCUUACACGAUUUGCAAAGAAUAGAAUCAAAACAGACUUCAUCCAGGAACUGACCGAACGACGUUAGUAAAAUUAUAAGUAGGCGUAAUAUAAAUUUAGACGAAAUAUCUCCUGUGGAGGAGCAAGAUACGAGCGUUACUGAAAACUUCGAACCCGGUAACGCCGACGUACACGAGGCCAAAGUGAUAUUACUCGAACCUUUACUUUUAAAUAAUUUGCGAAAAUAUAGCAUAGAUAAAAAGAUAUACUUGGAAGAAGUGCAA